CGCAUCCGGGUCACGCUAACGCCGCGGUUUCCUCCAUCCGCUGGGUUCUGCUGUGGGUCUGGACCAGUACCCAUGUCCUGCUUUGGGGCCUCUACAACCUUAGGACUGUGAAGACUGCUUGACAGAUACUUGCAAUCCAGUCACAUAAGCGUAAUAAAGAAGUAUUGGUCCUCAUGGAAGAAGAGCAAGAUUUACCAGAACAACCAGUGAAAAAAGCCAAGAUGCAGGAAUCAGGAGAGCAAACUAUAAGUCAAGUGAGCAGCCCUGAAGUCAGUGAUCAGAAACCUGAAACUUCAAGCCUUGCUUCAAACCUUACCGUAUCAGAGGAAAUUAUGACAUGCACCGAUUACAUCCCUCGCUCAUCCAAUGAUUAUACCUCACAAAUGUAUUCUGCAAAACCUUAUGCACAUAUCCUCUCAGUUCCUGUUUCGGAAACUGCUUACCCUGGGCAGACUCAGUACCAGACACUACAGCAGUCUCAACCCUAUGCUGUCUACCCUCAGGCAACCCAAACGUAUGGACUACCUCCUUUUGGUGCAUUGUGGCCAGGUAUGAAACCUGAAAGUGGUUUAAUUCAGACUCCAUCUCCAAGUCAACACAGUGUUCUUACCUGCACUACAGGGUUAACCACAAGCCAGCCAAGCCCAGCACAUUAUUCUUAUCCCAUUCAAGCUUCAAGCACAAAUGCCAGCCUGAUAUCCACUUCAUCUACAAUGGCCAAUAUUCCAGCAGCAGCCGUUUCCAGCAUCUCAAACCAGGACUAUCCCACCUAUACUAUCCUCGGUCAGAGUCAGUACCAGACCUGCUACCCCAGCUCCAGCUUUGGAGUCACAGGCCAGACUAACAGUGAUGCUGAGAGUACCACAUUAGCAGCAGCCACAUACCAGGCCGAGAAGUCUAGUGUCAUGGUACCCGCGCCUACAGCACAGAGACUUUCUUCUGGAGACCCUUCGACAAGCCCAUCUUUGUCCCAGACUACACCAAGUAAAGACGCUGAUGAUCAAUCCAGAAAAAAUAUGACUGGCAAGAACCGGGGAAAAAGGAAAGCUGAUGCCAGCUCUUCCCAGGACAGUGAAUUGGAACGGGUAUUUCUUUGGGACUUGGAUGAAACCAUCAUCAUCUUUCACUCUCUUCUUACUGGAUCCUAUGCCCAGAAGUAUGGAAAGGACCCAACAGUAGUGAUUGGCUCAGGUUUAACAAUGGAAGAGAUGAUUUUUGAAGUGGCUGAUACACAUCUAUUUUUCAAUGACUUAGAGGAGUGUGACCAGGUGCAUGUGGAAGAUGUGGCUUCUGAUGACAAUGGCCAAGACUUGAGCAACUACAGUUUCUCAACAGAUGGUUUCAGUGGAUCGGGAGGCAGUGGCAGCCAUGGUUCCUCUGUGGGUGUCCAAGGAGGUGUGGACUGGAUGAGAAAACUGGCUUUCCGCUACCGAAAAGUGAGAGAAAUCUACGAUAAGCAUAAAAGCAACGUGGGUGGCCUGCUCAGUCCCCAGAGAAAAGAAGCACUGCAGAGACUGAGAGCAGAAAUUGAAGUUUUAACAGAUUCCUGGUUAGGAACUGCAUUAAAGUCCUUACUUCUCAUCCAGUCCAGAAAGAAUUGUGUGAAUGUUCUGAUCACUACCACCCAGCUCGUUCCAGCUCUGGCCAAGGUUCUCCUGUAUGGGCUAGGAGAAAUAUUUCCUAUUGAGAACAUCUAUAGUGCUACCAAAAUUGGUAAGGAGAGCUGCUUCGAGAGAAUUGUGUCUAGGUUUGGAAAGAAAGUCACAUAUGUAGUGAUUGGAGAUGGACGAGAUGAAGAAAUUGCAGCCAAACAGCACAACAUGCCUUUCUGGAGAAUCACAAACCAUGGAGACCUCGUGUCCCUCCACCAGGCUUUGGAGCUUGAUUUUCUCUAAGAACUGGAAUGAAGACCCUCCCCCAUGAGCUCCUUUCCACUCCUGAAGGGAGCUGGAGACCGGAACUGUCUGGGAACUCUCUCUGUCUCUGUCUCUGUCUCUGUCUCUCUGUGUGUGUGUUUCUCUCUCUCCACGGGACGCUGGCGAGAACACAGAACGAACCGCUGCAAGGGACGAAGCUUAUUUUUGCUAAAAGUGAGCUGCAGCCCCGUGUUCAUCCUCAUGCAGAGGCAGGAGGCGGUCAGAUUGAGAGAACAAUAGACUCACCGCAGCUACAGUGCUUUUAAUUCUUCUGGUUUCUGUUUUGUUUUAUUUUGUUUCAAGAAAUGAAGAAAAGAAAAGGAAAUUCUUGGGGCAGAGUUGCACUCUUAGUUCGCGACCAGUUUGAGAACUGCUCUGAACUUGAGGUGACAGGAUGAGCGUGGCAGACUUUUGUGAUACCAUCUCUUGCAGUCUUUGUAAUCUCCGUAGCUGUAGAACAUAUUCCCAGGGAAUGUACAUGUUAUUUUUAUAGUUAAGGGUCUGGUCUCUGAAGCAGGUUUUCCCUCCUUUCUUUUUUCUAGCAAGAAAGGGGUGUGUAAAGUUUCCUUGGAAAAUAGCAACUGAAAUAUCUAAAAUACCUCUCUGUGACAGUGGCACCUCUUUAGCUGCUCCCAUGGUCUGCUCUCUAGGGUGGUUGCCUUCCUGUUCUUCCAUCUCCUAGUUGGCUGAACUGUGGGGCACUGGACACUGAUUAACUUUAGACUUUGGUAUUUCCCAUCCUAGAAGCCUUAGUCGCCUUUCCAGUCCCCGUCCCCCUUUAACCAAAUGGCACAACUCUAGGAAUUCCCCCUCUUAAGACGGUAAAUUCUAAGCCUUCAGCUUGACUCUUAUUCAAAGGCUGUGUCCCAGAGGGCUUACCUCCAAACUGGAGGAAAAGGACUAAGGCUUCAUUUGAGUUUCUGCUGCUUUGGCUCUUGAAACAAGAAGAUUCCAUCUUUUCCUCCCGCAGAGAAGCACCUUUCCCCAACAGCUGCUCACCCCUGCAGCCUUCUCUUCCUUCUUAGUCAUCGGUACUAGAGUCUUGCCCCUUUCCUGCCCUCUGUACCUCACAUCCACCUCCAUGCAUCUCUGGCCAGUCCCUCAGCUUUGGACCCAAGAAGUUAAGUCUAAGAACAGACUCAUAACUACAUAUGACUUCCUUUGAAGCCCUUAAGCCAAGAGAGGUAUUCUGGGCAUAUAUUUACCCAGAUCUCUGCCUGAAGCUGAAGAACAGAUUGUUAUGAACAAAACCCAGUUUUCCCAUGGAACACCCUUCCCACUUCUCAAAUCCCAUUCUAAAAUGGGAAACCAUAAGGCCAGGAAGACUUUCCUGAUUUAAGUGAGGGUGCUGGAACCCUAUUCUAUGCCUGAACAUUUAAUCCUGGGCCAAAUGGAGGAACAUGUCUCACCCUGACCUCUGGUAAGAUUGGUGGGUGCUGGGCAACUAAUCCCAGCCUUACAGCCUGGCUGUGUUUGUGGAUGCUCCGUCCCUCCGAGACCAGCCAGGGCAUCUGCUCAGGCAAGAUACACUUUGUAGAGCUGCAGAAGUUCAGCCCCUCCCAGGCCACGUGGAGAGCCGUGGCUAUCUAAGCACAUCAGGUGUGCAGUCUGGGUCCUCAGUAGUAGGCAUCCCUUGACCAACCCCUGCUAUGAUUGCUUGCCCCCCAAGAUUCUGCAUAUAUCCAUUUCCAGAGAUGUUGUGGCACAAAGAGGCCAGGCUCUUUCCAAUGCCAGGCCACCCAGAUAGCAGAGAAAGGCUGAUACACACAUUCCUUCAGAACUGAUUGAGAAAGUGCUUCAUUACUCACAAUUUUUAGGGAAACAGUUUUGGGGGAGAAACUGAAGUCAGUACUCAUGACUCAGCUGCCUCUUUGGCCUUGUCUCCGUUGGCAGGUGGGGGAAGCGAUGGGGCAUGUCCUCUGAGGCCACCCUUCCAUGGUCUGUGUUCAGCAUAGCUGUCCAGAUGCUGCUCUGCCUUGCUUGAUGAUUGAUCCUAGAAAGCUCCACCAUGGGUCUUCCAGGGCCCAAGCUCUCCCCAUACGGGCCGUCUAACUGUUGGUUUCUUGCACUGGACAUGGGCGUCUGGUUGGUGCUAUACUUCAGGCUCGUGAGGCUGUGGAGUGGCUCCCCCACCAGGCACACAGGUCUACAUGCAAACGCUUCUCUCUCCCUGCCCUUUGGGAGAAGCUGUUUAUCCCAGUAGUAUGACUUGGACCCUCUUUCAGUGGCAUUUCCCCCUCCCCACCCUGACUGCCCAGCUUCAGUCUUUGCAAAAGGAACUUGAAAUUGGCUGAGAGAGGUGAAGAAGCUCUGUAGAGCAGAACAACCUCUGCGCUUUUCUGGUUGUCGCUGCCCUCCUCAUAAGGCAGACAGAAGAUGGGAGCUCCCUGAUUCCUCUUUGCCAAAAUGAGUUGUCAGGGAAUGCAGUGUUCACCUUUUACCCUGUGUUUUCUUCCUCCCCAGCACAAAGAUCUGGAAAGGAAAAUAAGUGGGUAGCACCAAGAGCUCUUGGAAACUGAGGGCCAAAGGAUACCGUGGGUCAUUUCUUCAAUGAGGGAAAGUAAAAAGGGAAGCCUCUUUAUGUAAAAGUGUCCCCGGGAAAUUAGCCACGUGAUGAGUCUUUCCCCCAGCUGGGCACUGUGGGUUCUAGAAGAUGGGUCUGCACAUUUCACAGUGAGAACUGUCUAGCACGGGAUCUGAAGUUGUCAGAUGGUGUCCUGGGCUUAAGAGGUGGCUUGACUUCCGAAUGUAAAACUGACUGUGCCUUAGCAUCACUCUGUCCCAGUGCCCCGGGGCAGCGGCUGGUGUCCAGGAGAAUAGAUGCCCGUUCCAGAUGUGGAUGCCUACAUGGGCUGUUAUUUGGUUUGGGGUAUUCCUGUCUUCUGCUCUGCAAAUUGGGGAUGGGGGGCGCAAAGCUAGUAUCCCGGAGACUUGUGCCACAGCUGAUUCGCAGUGUAUGCAAACUCCCCUUUAAAGCUCCAGGUAGAAUCUGAUUGGCAAACUCUAGCUGCAGCACAUGGAGCGUCAAGAUGUUCAUUACUUUGAAUGGGUGUCAGUGCCCCUGAACCAUGGGGGAGAGGAGUAUAGAGGCAGAGCCACAUUCUUCCCCUUCCUGGUCUAAGCCAACAGUGGUGGGUUUGGGCCUUCCUCUCCUCACACCUGUAGAAGGGAGGCAGAUAGGGCCCUUCUUAAGGAGGCUUCUACUCCUUACCACUAAAUUGGUUUCCUUUUUCAUCCAAAAGUUGGAACUCUCCAGGUGUUCACACUUACAAAGAAGCCAAAUCUGAAUUCUGGGAUUCUAAAAUAUCUUCAACUAUGAGAGAAAAUCUAGUUCUGUCCCAUCCCUGAUUAGCAGGCCCCCUCUGUCCCUUCCUCUCUGAGUCAGCUCCAACAAGCAAGGCUCCUUGGCUAGUUCCUAAUGCACUGAUAGGAGCCAUCUCAUUAAGGACAACUUCUAUUCAAAACAGGACCCUCUGGACUUCCGAUGCCUCAUUUAGCAGGAGAAGGCAUUGAGUGGAUUGGACAUAUUUAUGUGACUGCGGGCAUUCGUGGCUGUGUAGAGUCCUUGACCAUAAUGUUAUAUGUAAUGGGAACUAUCUUAUAAACUUGAAAGAAUAAAGUUUUUAUUUUCUAUACA